UGCAUAGAAUAGAAUAGAUGAAUCAAUGGAGUUCCAAGCACAAAUCUCUCUAUGAUCUUCUCUCCUAAAACUCUCUGCUGAAAAUAAGAAUACAAAGGUGGCCAAAAUCUCUCUUGCCUCAUAACACUUAGGCAAGUAUAUAUCUAUUAGGUUAAAAACUCGUCAGGGGUAAUCUUGUAAUUUGGUGAAGUCUUGGGUUUAAAGUCGGCUGGAACCAAGUCGUGCUUCCGCGUCUCGACAUCAAGCGAUGGUACAGGAUUUACAUCGAUCGAUCUUAAUCUUCAAUCAUCGAGGCUUCUCUUCUGUAUCGAUCGACAACACUAGAUGUGCAUCGAUCGAUUGUGUCUUCUUCGUAUCGAUCUCUAUUGGUCAGGUCGGAUGAAUACUCAUUUAAGCUCCUAAAUGCUCCAUAAUAUUCACCUUACUCCAAGAUACUUCUGAACAUAAAAACAUACCUAAUAGGAUAUAAUAUAUAGUAUAUAGAUAGUAAAAUACUUAUAUACCAUGGGUGAAAAUGGGUCAAAUCCAUGGUAUAUCAGUUACGUAAGCUCAGAUCCUAACAAUUUGGUUCUACUCAGAGCAGAUCAGUUCAAGACAACUUCAGACCAUACUCAGCUCAUCUCAGAUAAGAUCUGUUCAGACAAAGAUCAAAUCUGUUCGGUUAAUCCAAUCAGUUCAUAAAGGCUUAGCUAACGGUUCUAUGAAACUAAUACAAACGGUUCUAUGAAACUAAUACAAUCAUAAGCCAAAUAAAACUGAACCGUACAAGAGCUUAGAUAACUAAUCCAGACAGGUUACGCAACCCAAAACACACGGUUCCAUUCUUAACAUGGAUGAAUCAAGAGGCUAAAGCUUAUCACAAGAACUCAUGGUUAGAUGAUCUCAGAUGGUGCUCUUCUCCAAUCUUAGCUCAAGGCUGAAUCGAUUAAAAAGAGAGAUCAAGGUUCGGUUCAUAUCAGAAACAGAACAAGAUCUAUGGUUUAUUCUGGAUAGCUCAUAUUCUUCUGCCCCACACGUUUUAGCUGUGGCCUCAGUUUGAAGAUUAAACCAGCAGAAAUUUUCUCUUGAUUUUUCUCUCUUUCUUUCUCUGAUUUUUCUCUCAAUCUCUCACAACUUUUCUCUGGUUUUCUUGCAGGUUAUGGACGACCAGAAGAGAGAAGAUGGUGUUUUAUAUCAUAAGGAGUUACUUCAGAUGUGGGUUUCAGUCAGCAUAAAGCAAGGCUGAGAAUGGACAGCUACCAUCCUACAUCAUCAUUUCUGUCCAAGUGAAGUAACUAAGCAGCUGAACCUUUCCUCCAAAUGAAGCAGGCUCCAAGCAGGUGUGCCUUGCACAUGACUGAUCAUUAAACAAGCAGGCAUGCAUGAAGGUGCAUGGCACAUGACCGAUCCAGCAAGCAAGCAAGCACACAAGCUGAUGAAACUCACGAGAUUGAUUUAAAUUAACAAGCAGCUGAAAUUAUUUCUAGCCAGUUCUCGACCAAACAUUUUCCCGUCCAUCGGAUCUCGUCUUGUUUUUAUAUAAACUCUUCCAGCUUAAAUAAAACUCGGCCACUAUAAUUAAAACUCGACCAGAGCUAUCAAGGAUAGUUAUUUCGGCAGCAAGAUAGUCCCGUCGAGACAUUAAUUUCACCGGGUCAAUUUUUAUUUUUAAUUAAGGUCGAAAAAACUCAAAACUGGUCGAGUGGGAUUUUUCUCGACCAAAAUCCUAUCCGCUCGUGAGGGUUUUUACAAUGCCUAUCCAUAUGUUGUAUACAUUCGGAAACUCACUUUUGCGAACUUUUAAAACAUGUAUAUUUUUUACACUAACCAUAUGUAUAUCAAUCUCAUAAUGUUCAAGUGUACACAAACUCAUAGUCUUUUUUACUUUCAUUGUGAAAAUCUGUGAGAUAUAUUAUAGACAAAAAUAUAUUGAGAAAACCCAAAAAAGAACUUUAACGGCAAAGCCGACCAAAAUUGUCAUGCAAUAGAUAACUAAUUUAAAAAGAAAAAUAGAAUCUUAACUUAGUUUAUGUUAAUAACAAAACACAAUAAAAAAAUUAAAAAAUCAAGGAAUUUUUAUUGUGUCUUAUGAACUUCAAAUAAAAAUAUUGAUUUUGAAAUUAUAAGAACAUCGUAGAUUAAAAACUUCUCUGUAAUUUUAUAAAUUUCUAUAAGAUUAAUUAUGUAUUGAUUAGGUCAUAUCUCUAGAAAAGUUAUACAAUAUUAAACUACAUAUAUAUUGUAAGUUUUAGAACAACCAUGUAAAUUCAAAUUUAUAAAACGAAGUAUAGUGACAUUUGGUAAAAAAACAAAUUCGUUGAUAGACGUGUUCCAAAAAAAAAUCACUCACAGAUUAAUCUACCUAAAACCAUAAAACGUUGUAACCCAUUUGUAGGAGAUGGAUUACAUCCCUCUAACAAGGCCCAUAAAUAUAGGAUUCGGUCGGUCUUGUUGGCCCGGAACAUCAGCUCGACUAAUCGGCUCCCGGCUAAAUGCUCGACUCGACUGUAGACCACUUUAUGCGCCUCGGGGGAGGAGGGGAGGAAAGACAGCUCAGCUUUGGGCCCGACCGCUCGUCUCACUAGCCCGAUCUGAAAAGGGUCAAGCCUAUUCUAACAAGACAGCCUAGGGCGAAUAGGAAGGAGGGUUUGUCUAUAUAAGGACGACACACUUGGCGGCUAGAAACUAGAGUUUUACUCAUUUGUAUUCUUGCCGACUUAUAAAUUCCUGGCCAGCUCUCCAAGCACCGGUUUAUUCUUCCAUUUGUUUCCUCAUUUGUAAACCGAACCUUUUUCCGAUCUAAUAAAACAUCUUCGAGCUAACCCAUCGACGAGUUAGGUCUUACCAUACGAGUCCGACCAAACUCGGUUCAAACCCCUUUGCAAAGAAGGUUAAGAAACUUUGAUAUGAUACACCAAAUUUUAUAAUUUAUAUGCUCGAAGGUCAUGAGAUGUUUUCCAAAGAAAAAGCAUUCUAAAAUUUGAAGCAAAUUAUUCUAACUGUAUAUAUUGUAAUAUUAGAAAAUAAAAGUGAGUGAAGUAUAAAGAGAAACAUAAAAUGAGGAAGGGAUCUAAAAUUCCACCACAAAAUUUUUAUGUGACUUUCUUUAAGACAAAGACAUCGUCAAAGCUAGAAAACACAAACCGUUUUUUAUAGACAACAAAUAUUUCUAGUGUUGUACGUCUAUUCUUAGUAUGCUUUGAUUCAGACCUCUCUUCUUCAUCAUUAUCUCAUUUUUCUUUCUCUGACAUUUCAUCCAUCUCAGGUUAUUUUUGUCUUUCUUCAUCUUCAAACAUUCCGUCCAUCUUCCCUGAGAGGGCGCGCCUUGUGUGUGCGUUCUCUACAACAGCCAUGGAAUCCACAUCUCUCAUCCUUGUUUCCAUUGUAUCACUCUUCUUCUUGGCUUCUGAUGGUUUAUCAGAAACAGAAUCUCUCUUAAAAUUCAAGAAAUCUCUUGUUAUUGGGGGAGCAAGUGGUUUGGAUAGUUGGGAUAGAAAGAAUCCACCAUGCAAGUGGUUUGGUAUCUUGUGUGAUCAAGGCUAUGUUUGGGGGCUACGUCUAGAGAAUAUUGAGCUUUCUGGCUCUCUAGACAUUGAGGCGUUGACAGGUUUGAAGUCUCUAAGGUCUCUAAGCUUCAUGAAUAACAAACUUAGAGGGCCAUUUCCGAAUUUCAAGAAACUUGGUGCCCUGAAAUCAAUUUACUUGUCAAACAAUCAAUUCGAUGUAACGAUACCAAAGGAUGCUUUUGUUGGGAUGGGGUGGCUGAAGAAAAUCCAUCUGGAACACAAUAAGUUCAACGGUGAAAUUCCAGUCUCUGUGGCCAAAAUUCCCAAGCUUUUGGAACUGAGACUUGAUGGGAACCAGUUCACCGGACAAAUACCAGAAUUCACACAUAAAUUAAACAUCUUAAAUUUUUCAAACAAUGCAUUAUCAGGUCCAAUCCCAAAUAUUCUCAGAACAAUGGAUCCAAAACUAUUUGAAGGCAAUAAAAAAUUAUGUGGUAAACCUUUGUUAACAGAGUGUUACUCUCCUUACAACCUUUCUGAAGAGCCUAAACCAAGUUCCAAGAAAAAAACAUCAAAGUUUUUGUACAUUGUAGCCGCGGUAGUAGCAGUGAUACUAGCAUUACUCAUUAUUACUGGACUAAUCAUCGUGCUUUGUCGGAGGCGAAGUUACAAGCAGCCACUAAUGUCAACAGAUUCUGGAACAUCAAGUUUACAGAAGAGAGCAGGAAUCCAAAAAGAUGAUAAGGGAAAAUAUUGCUGCCAUUCAAAAAAUCGUGUUGCAAAGAGGAUGAUUCAUACCACAAAAUUGUCAUUCUUGAGAGAUGACAAGGGAAAUUUUGACUUGCCAGAUUUGUUAAAAUCAUCUGCAGAGAUUAUGGGAAGCGGGUGUUUCGGAGCAUCAUAUAAGACAUUGCUUUCGAAUGGAUCGAUGAUGGUAGUGAAGAGGUUUAAACAUAUGGAUAGUGCAGGAAGUGAAGAGUUCCAAGACAAUAUGAAGAGAUUGGGGAGGCUAAACCAUGAGAAUUUGCUCCCAAUUGUAGCUUAUUACUAUAAGAAGGAGGAAAAACUUUUUGUUUCUGAUUUUAUUGACAACGGAAGCUUGGCUGAUACUCUCCAUGGUCAUAGAUCGUUGGAACAGCCAAACUUUGAUUGGCCAACAAGAUUGAAUAUAGUGAAAGGUGUCGGAAGGGGACUUCUGUACCUACAUAAAAACCUUCCUAGCCUAAUGGCACCUCAUGGCCAUCUUAAGUCAUCCAAUGUUCUUCUUAGUGAGAAUUUUGAGCCACUUCUUACAGAUUAUGGCUUGAUCCCAAUGAUCAAUGCAGAAAGUGCACAAGAGCUAAUGGUAGCUUACAAAUCUCCAGAGUACUUGAAGCAAAGCCGUGUGACCAAGAAAACUGAUGUAUGGGGAUUCGGUGUACUCAUCUUGGAGAUUUUAACAGGAAAGCUCCCUGAAAGUUUCCCACAAUCCGAUAAAGAAAGUGAAGAGGACAUCACAAGUUGGGUGAAGUCAAUUUUCAAAGGAGAAUGGACACAAGAAUUGUUUGAUCAAGAAAUGGGGAAAACAAAUAAUUGUGAAGGAGACAUUCUCAAACUCCUAAGGAUUGGACUGAGUUGUAGUGAAGUAGACGUGGAGAAAAGGUUAGAUAUAAAAGAAGUUGUCGAGAAGCUAGAAGAUUUAAUGAAAGAGCGAGAAGGAGACGACGACUUCUACUCAACUUAUGCGAGUGAGGCUGAUGGGAGGUCAUCAAGGGGAGUGUCAAGUGAAGGAAUUAACCUCUCAUGAAAUUAUAAAACAUCAAGUAAUAUUUUAGUGAUAAAGAUUUAAGUUUGAGAACAAAUUCUUGUGUUUCAAAAGCGUAAUUUUAUUGGUAUUCAUGAAUGACAACACCUCCACAUAUGGAAGCCCUUAAAACUUGAAAAUUAUUCAUUAUAUGCUCGUAUGUUGUUAUGUUAUUGUGGAAAUCUAUAUGAAAGAAAGAUGUAGGGAGUUUUUUUCCUUCAAAAAACAAUCAUAGAGAAACCUCAAAAGAACGUUAAUGAUGUAAUCCCAAGUUUUAAAUCACAUAGGACGUUUACUAAUGUAUUCUCAAAUCCUUUUUUUGAAUUUCCCUUCUACAUGGUUUUCCUCUUAUAAAUUUUCAAGACAAAUUCUACACAAUAUUUUUAUAUACAUUGCAGGAAGAUGGGCGUUAAACAACUUUUUAUCUAUACGAAAAAAUCAACAUUAAACUUUCAAUGUAUGCAAAAAGAACAUGUAAAAGAUCACGAUGAAGUAAUGUAGAAAAUAAAUCAAUAGACAAUAAGAUUAGAAAACACUAUUUGUUUUAUUAAAAAUCACAUAAAUAAUCUAUUAUUAAACUAGCUUAAUCUGUUUUUUUGUAACACAGCUUAAUCUGUUUUACACAAUUUGUUAUCUCUUUAUAAUUGUUACUGAAAUAUUCCUAAAAUAUCCAAGUUUUAUGACUUUGUCGCCUCAUAUGUCAAAUUUUGACUUAGUAUGAUGCCAAGAACUCUAACCAAGAGCUCUCUCUCUCUCUCUCUCUCUCACUCUCUCUCUCUCUC